GCUGCAUUCUCACCUGCCCAAACGAACCGCACCAAGAGGAAAAACAAACUCUAGUGCGAUUCAACCGAACUAAAUAAGGCAGGUGUGAAAGCACCCUAACAAAACUGCGUAUCUGCUUUGAUUCUUUUCAGAUAAUCAAUUUAGACACGUGCAGUGAAAUUAGCUCAGUUUUCGAUAUUAUGAUCAAUAAUAAUGAGUUAUUACUAAUUAUGAAUAUUCAGAAUUAACUUGUAGUUAAUUUAACAAAAUAAAUAUAACAAUGACUUCAUGUCCAUGGGAAAAAUGGUUCAAAGACUGGGACUGGCUAUGCAUUCCAAGAUGCAUAAAGUCCUCAGAUUUUGGAGAAUUCAAAACAGUUCAACUUCAUCACUUCUGUGAUGCAAGUGAAUGUGGCUAUGGAACUGUGAGCUACCUCAGAUACAGCAAUAACAAGAAUAAGACCGAAACAGCAUUUGUUUUUGCCAAGCCAAGAGUUGCUCCACUUAAGCAAAUAAUCAUCCCCAAAUUAGAACUGACAGCAGCUACAUUAGCAUCACAUAUUGAUCGAAUGUUGAAAAGGGAAUUUUGCCUACCCUUGGAAAAAUCUGUAUUUUGGACUGACAGUCAGUUAAUUCUCAAAUACAUAAACAAUGAACAUUCUAGAUUUCACACCUUUGUAGCAAAUAGACUCUCCAUUAUUCGAGAUCUUUCAAACCCUAAUCAGUGGAGAUAUGUGAAAUCUAAAGAUAAUCCAGCAGAUUGUGCAUCUCAAGGACUAGAUGCCAGUGCAUUAACAGAAAUGAAACAAUGGCUACAUGGACCAGACCUCCUUAAAUUAGAGGAAGAUCACUGUUCUAAUAUGCCUAUCACCUAUUCAGAUGACCCAGAGGUCAAGAAACCUAUUUUUGUCAAUGUCAAUGCACUAACUAUAAUGAAUGAACAAAAACCUGAUACAAACAAACUGGUUGAAUACUAUUCCCAAUGGAACAAGCUCAGGAGAGCUGUUGGAUGGAUUCUAAAAUUUAAGAACUUCCUUAAAGCCAUCCUGAAAAGGAAACAGAAAUCUAAUAAGGUAAUCCCUGAUACAAGUUCUAAUGUUGCACACCGAAUAACUGAACCAAAUUUAUCUGUAGAAGAUCUCAAAGAUGCAGAAGAAUCAAUCAUUCGAUAUGUACAGGAACAACACUUCAAAGAAGAAUUCAAAGACAUUCAACAUGGAAAUCCAGUUAAAAACAGAAGUGCUAUUGCCAAUCUAAAUCCCUUCAUUGACAAUGGCUUACUCAAGGUAGGAGGUAGACUUGGCAAAUCUGCAAUGCCACUGGAAAUCAAAAAUCCUACUAUUCUUCCGCAAAAUUCUCCUGUUUCUAAAUUAAUUUUAAAACACAUUCAUGAGAGUUAUGGCCAUUUAGGAAGAAACUACAUGCUUUCCAAAUUACUUCAGCGCUACUGGCUACCUUGUGCAAACAACAUGGCAAGAAGUAUAAUUCAUCAUUGCACCUUCUGUAGACGUAUUCAGGGGAAAGUAGGCAAACAAAGGAUGGCAAAUUUACCUCAAGACCGUAUAACCCCUGACUUGCCGCCUUUCACAAACACAGGAAUAGACUACUUUGGCCCUAUGGAAAUUAAAAGAGGUCGCACACAUGUAAAAAGAUUCCUGUAUAAAUGCUAUAAGAAGAUUCAUAGCCCGGAGAGACCCAGUUGCAACUAUUAGAACAGACCAAGGAACUAAUUUUAUUGGUGCACAAAAGGAAUUACAGGAAACAUUGAAAACACUCAAACAUGAGAAGAUUACUUGAAUUUUGACUGAUAUUGGAGUAAACUGGAUGUUCAACCCACCAUCUGUAGCACAUUUUGGGGGUGUAUGGGAAAGAUUGAUUAAAUCAGUAAAAAAAGGUUUUAUAUUCUGUUACUAAAGAACAAAUACUUGAUGAUGAAGGCCUGCAUACAGCAAUGUGUAAAGUGGAAAUGAUCCUAAAUGACAGACCCAUUACAUCUAUAUCAAAUGACCCUAACGAUCUAGAACCUUUAACCCCCAAUCAUCUCCUUCAGUUAAAACGACAACCAAAUUUUCCUCCAGGAUGUUUCAAGAAAGAAGAUCUAUACUCUCGACGAAGAUGGAAGCAGGUACAAUAUAUUGCUGAUCUUUUCUGGAAACGCUGGAUUAAAGAAUACCUUCUGUUAAUGCAGAAGAGAAGUAAGUGGCAACGAAUAAAGAACAAUUUCUUUCCCGGAGACUUGGUACUCAUAGUUGAUGACACUGCUCCAAGAAAUUCAUGGUUAAUGGGAAGGAUCCUAAAGACUCUACCGGAUAGCCAAGGUCUUGUAAGAGUUGCUAUAGUGAAAACCAAAACAGGUACACUUCAAAGACCUAUCCAUAAACUGUGCCUGUUGGCUGAAGAAUCUAAUAAAUAGACAGUAAAGACUGAUUAGCCGCAUUUCCACUAUCGGGCCAGUGCGAGCCAGGGCUUUAAUCGGGCCGGGGCGGGCCAAUAGCCCGGGA